CCAACACUCCUCUGCCUAGAGCGAGAGAGAUACCUGGCCAAGAGUUGGUAAGCAGAAAAAAUGUCUACUCGCUAUCACCAAGCCGCCAGUGAUAGCUACCUAGAACUCUUAAAGGAGGCUACUAAGCGAGACCUGAAUCUUUCUGAUGAAGACGGCAUGACACCCACUCUCCUGGCAGCCUAUCACGGGAACCUGCAAGCCCUGGAAAUAAUAUGCAGCAGAGGCGGGGAUCCUGACAAGUGUGACAUCUGGGGAAAUACUCCUCUACAUUAUGCAGCCUCCAAUGGCCAUGCCCACUGCGUCACAUUCCUGGUCAAUUUUGGUGCCAACAUCUUUGCCCUGGAUAAUGACUUACAGUCGCCACUGGAUGCUGCUGCCAGCAGGGAGCAGAAGGAAUGUGUGGCUCUCCUGGAUAAGGCAGCCACAACCCAGAACACCAUGAACCCUAAGAAAGUUACCCGGCUAAAGGAGCAGGCUCAGAAGAAUGCCAGGAGGCAGAUCAAAGAAUGUGAAAGGCUUCAGGAGAAGCACCAACAUAAGAUGGCCCACAAUCACAGCAAGGAGGACUCCGGAACUCUGUUCUCUUCCAAGGGCACCUUCUCCAAGUCAUCCCUUUCAAAUGCUUCUGCUUCCGGUACAUUUGGGUCCCUGUCUAAGGGUAUUAAAGACACAUUCAAGUUAAAGCUGAGAAAGAACAAAGAGGCAGAAGAAAAGGUGGAGAAGGAAGGCAGAAGUGGGCAGAGGAACGUGAUGCAAGUGUUCAGAGAGGAGGAGGAAGACUCACUUUCAGAGGACCUCACAGAGAAGCCCCACUUCUCAGCAGAGGCCAGUGGUGCACGACACGAGUCCAUUCUCAACCGUCCAGGUCUAGGAAGUAUUGUUUUUAGAAGGAACAGGGCUUUGAGCCCUGAAGACAUCUCAUACAGCAAGAGGGAGCUGGAAUUUAAAAUGUCCAGUGAAUUGUUCCACAGAGAAGGAGAAACAAAGGCUGGCGAAGUGGCAGAAGCUGAUCAAGAGGAAGAGGAAAAUGGUGGUGGGGGUGGCCUGCCUUGGGAUGAGGACGAAGUGGAGUGGGAGGAAGAUGUAGUUGAUGCAACUCCUCUCGAAGUGUUCUUGAAGUCUCAGCACCUGGAGGAAUUCCUUCCCACCUUCAUGAGAGAGCAGAUAGACCUCGAGGCUCUGCUGCUUUGCUCCGAUGAGGACCUGCAGAACAUACAAAUGCAGCUGGGGCCCAGGAAGAAAGUUCUUCAUGCCAUAGACAGAAGGAAGCAGGUGCUGCAGCACCCUGGGCAGCUGGUGGACACCAGCCUCUGAUGGAGGGUGCUGGUCAACAGGGCGAGCCUGCAGCACGGGGGAGAUGCCGUGGCCCACAGGAAGCAGUCUAGGCCACACAGCCCCUGCCCUCCAUCCAGUACUGAGCGACUGUGGGUGCUGGAGGUUUGGAGAUACCCAACCCCCAAGAAGCCCAGACUCAAUUCUGGGAAAUACUGUAUGUCUACCUGCCAGUAUAAAAAAAUUCAAGGAUACCUUGGAGCAAACAAAUGGCAUUGCUCUUCGGUUAUCUUUUUGAUAGUUUUGAAUAAAAAAUGAUCGAAUGGAUGACUUUUAGGAGUAUUUGAAAUGAUAAAUUCUAAUCACACUAUAGGCCCGUGGCUUACAUUCUGAUCUGUGUAACCUGGAGCCUCUAACUCCAGUUCUGUCCUUACUCUGUGACUUUGGAAUGAAGCUCCUCACUGGUAUGAGGCUUAACUGCAUCUAACUCAUUAACAGAUGUUUACAAACGGUGGGGAUGGGUUUUAGAGUACCCCUGCCUGAAAACAGGGAAGGAAUAGAGGGUAGGGAGACUGAAGACAGGUCGUACAAGGUAUCUGCUAUAUACUGUGCUCCUUUUAAAAUCCAUAGGUUGGAACCCUAACCACUGAAGUGACUGUUUUUGGAGACAGAGACUUUUAAGAGGUGAUUAAGGUUAAAUGAUGUCAUAAGGAUGAAGGUCUUGGUUCCACAUGAUGGAUGUCCUCAUAAGAAGAGGAAGAUACAACAAGGAUGUGCUCACAUACCGAGAAAAGAGAACACAGCAAGAUGGCUACCUUCCGCCAGCCAAGGAGAGAGGCCUCAGGAACAAACCGAAUCACCUUGGGUUUUCAGCCUCUCAAGCUGUAGAAAAAAUAAAUUUCUGCUGUUUAAGCCA